AAGUCUCCAAUAAUCCAGUGACGGUGAUACCUCAGCAAGUGCCUACUGUACAAGAAGCUCGGAUAGUUAUGCAGCCACCACAAAUGGCGCCGUAUCCAGUGGUGGAUCAGCAAUGCAUCCAGCCGCAAAUGGGACCACCACCUCUUGCUAUGGAUCCUCAAUUAGCACCUCAGCUUGCCCAAGUGCAACGAAUCCCGAUGACUAUUCCUAAUGUGGUAUCCGCGGUGGUGACACAGCAGCAGCCGUUGAUAGUCCAACAGCAACAACUGCAGCAAAUACCACAACAGCAGCCGAUGCAGCAACGAAUAAAUGUCAAU